CCCAGGGUUAGAAAUAUAGGUAGCACUCAAAGAGCAAGAACAACUUCUUGUUUAUACCCAUGGCGAACCAGAGCAACAUCGGAAACCUUGGGCUAGUGACGGCUGUCACUGUUGUUUCAACCAGCAUCAUUCUCAUCUCCUUCCACCUCAUCCGCCGCCUCAAGGAUGAUACCAAGCUCAAGAAUAUCAUCGCGCAAGAACAACAGAGCAAGACGAUCAAGAAGGAGAUGAAGUUGACGGAUGACGUGUUGGCGUAUCUCUCGCCGGACGACAAGGAGUUCGCCAGCUGGCUAGAGGGUAUGAUCACAACUGGUGGCCUCAUGCAGUCACCGCUACGAAGGGUCCCUCGAUUCGACAAUUUGGUAGACGCGCUUAAUUAAUUAGCUUGUAUUGCAGCUAGUUGGGCAACAACAAAUUAAGCAACAUUUUGUGUGCACGUCCAGUUAAGUUAAUUAUUAUUACCAUAUCAUUUAUAAUAAUUAAGGUGUUUAAUUCGGGACGCAUCAAGAAUGGACGAUGCUCGGGGACUCACUACAAUCUUGUGACAA